AUGGCGAAAGAUUUGAUCGAAAAAUUUAAAACAAAUCGAAAAGUUGAAAUUCAACCCUUUGGACUUGGUAAUCGGGCAAGAAAUCUAUCGAUUGAACCAUUUGACACUUCAAAUGUUGGUACCAGUAUUUUUCGAAAAGUAUCUGCUAAAAUUUCAGCAAAAAUCCAACAAAUUGAAUUGCUUGAUGUCGUUCAAGUCAUUGAGAAUAUUAGGAAAACAAGAACACAAAAUGGAAUAAUCGAUAUGAUCAGUGUCAAUUGUGAAGGAUGUGAAUUUGAAAUUCUACCUGCACUUAUCCUCAAUGAUCUCACACAAUAUUUUCGAAUAAUACAAUUUGGUUCACAUAUGCGACUUGUAACUGAAUCGUCAUGUAUCUAUUGUCAAAUCGAACAAGCAUUAGAAAGAACUCAUGAAAUCAAAUAUCACUACAGAAUGGUAUGGGAAGGUUGGGUAUUGAAGAAUAAAAUAGGAAAUUAA